GCCGGGCCCGCCCUGUAUCUCUGAUAAAAUAGGAAACGAGUAUUCUAAAUGACUUGUGACUCGACCCCAAAUAUAGGAAAAAAGGUUAUAACACUCUCCCUAAUAAAAUGACCAAUCAUAAAUUAUCAUUCCAAGAUCACGCAAUCAAAUGACCAAUGAGAUAUGUUUUAUUUAGCUGAUCAUGCUAUUAGACUUUAAUUUUGACAUAAUGCGCCGAAACUUUGAAGACGAUGGACGGAGAAUUUGAUCUAAAGUUUGAUUUUGAUUUGCUCGCCGAACUGGCGCCGAUUGACGAAUUUCUGGUCAACGAAAUAGAUGACAUUACCCUAUCGCAAGUAUGCGAGACGUUAGAAUGUGAAAACGCCGCAUUUGAGGGACUGUUGGACCUAUGUUUAACUCCCGACUCGGCAGGCUGUGGAGCAAUGGAUGUUGAUGGUAUAAAAACCGGAGCAAUGGACGUAGAUUGUAAGGACAGCGCAUCUACAUCAAGCGACAGUCGUUUUGGUCAACCUGUAAGUGAUGAUGAAAUCUUGAAACUUAUCAAAGAUCAAGAAAACGUUAAUACGAAAAACAACACGAAGUGGGCCAUGAAUCUCUUUGAAAAAUGGCGGGCCAACCGGCGGGAAAAUAUUCCCGAUUUUAAGCUGAUGACCACGGAGCAGAUGAGUUUUUGGCUUGGACGGUUCGUAAUGGAGGCGCGGAAGCGCGAUGGAACAGAAUAUCCGCCAAGAUCUAUCUACCUCAUACUGUGCGGACUUUUGCGAUAUUUGAAAGACAAUGGUGUCUAUGAUAAGAAUUUCCUUGACGAAAAUAACGGAGAAUUUACCGAUUUCCGGAAAUUGGUUGAUGCAAGAAUGAAAUCCUUAAUUGACAAAGGAUUCGGGUGUAGUUUAAAACAAGCGGACCCUAUUCUGCCUAAAGACGAAGAGACUUUGUGGCAAAAGCACGUGUUUGGAAAGGAAAGUGCCGAACAGUUGCAACACACCGUUUUCUUUUACGCAUGCAAAGUCUUUGGACUAAGGGGAUACGACGAACACCACGACUUGCAGUGUGAGCAGUUCACGAUCGGAGAGGACAGCGCUGGGCGAUUUAUUCAGUUCUCGGGAAGGGCCACAAAGACCUACAAAGGCGGCCUUGGGCAUCUGAAUGUGCAGUCUAAGAACCUGAGACAUCAUUCAUCGCCAGGGGACCGAUGCUUGGUUGAUUACUUCGAGCUAUAUCUGGGAUCAUUAGGAAAUACCGGUGCGUUUUAUAGACGGCCAUUGCCUCCUACAGAUGAAGAGCAGAUUCGCUUCGGACAGCAGGUGGUUGGAGUAAAUAAACUGAAGUCGUUCAUGAAAACCAUAACUCAAAAGGGUGGAUUAAAAGGAAACUUCACUAAUCAUAGUGGAAAACGUACGUGUGCCACACAGUUGUAUAUGAAUGGAGUAUCUGAGCAGGAAAUCAUGCGACGCACUGGUCAUAGGUGCGAGAAAAGUGUAAGAAAGUACAAGAGAAGCAGUGAACAAAUCGAAAUGGAUGUGUCAAAGAUCUUGGAUCCACCUAUGGAACCAGCGUGUGAUACCGAUCCCCCGAGAAAAAAAAUGAAAUCUGAAAAUAUUCCAUGUGAAAACAUUUUGCAGGAUCUUACAAAUUCAAACAAAGCCGUGUUUGCCAAUUGCAACUUCAAUUUCAGCAUUGGAAAUUAAAUUUUAGAAAAAUGCAUGAAAUGGUUUUUUUUUCAGGAUUUUGGUUUUUGCCAAACAGCAACAUUAAAGUUUGAUCAAUUUAUUCAUGGUUUUUUUUUCUUCUUAAGGUUGGCAGCAAUCCAAAGAGUACCGAUGUUUUAUCAGUGAUGUUUCUCAGAUACAGAACACUUUUGCCUCAUUUGCAUAAGAAACGCCCAUCAAAAGUGUU